GUUAACCAGAAAGUAGCUGUAAAUUUGUUUUGACCGUUACAAGUAAUCGAAGCCAAAGGAAAGCGUAAGGAGACAACAGUUGCGUUCAGCUAACGCUUUACGGCCGAAAAAUGGCCGCCGAGAACUAUCAUCUGAAAUGGGACUCGCAUUUGUCCUAUUUGAAUACUUCCAUAGCCACGCUCUACAAGAAUGAGAAGUUUGCCGACGUUAUGCUAUACAGUUCGUAUAGCAACAGUGGCAUCAAUUCAGAUAUACCCACAGUGGGCAUAUCAGCGCACAAAUUUAUUUUGAGCUCCUGCAGCCAGUUCUUUGCCACCAUGUUCGAGACAGCGCCAAUUACAGCGCCCAAUGGCGUUCUCUACAUAGUGCUUCCGCCUGAUCUGAGUCAUCGUGCCAUACAAAUCCUUGUGCAGUAUAUGUACAGUGGAGAGGCAACGGUCUCCAAUGAUAUAUUAAAUGAAGUGCUGCGUGGUGGAGAAAUCUUAAAGAUACGCGGUCUUUGCCGCACAAGCACGUCUAGUGGGGCCAGCAGUAGCGCGCACCACCUCCAUCAUCAGCGCGAGCCCGGCGCCUUGUAUGUAUCGAAUGGCACACGAUCUUCAUUAGCGCCGCCACCGCCACCACCGCCCAUGUCAUCCGCACAGCUUCCCGGUGAUAUGUACAGCAACAAGGCCAGCAGCAGCAGCAACAGCAGCUCGGCUCGUUACUCUUUGGAUCACCUGCAUACGCACCCACAUCCACAUACGCAUUCGCAUCAGCAUCAUCAUCAUCAACAGCAGCAGCAAUUUCGCGGCUUGGGCGCUUCCGUAAUGCCAAAGGACAGUCCGGUGAUUGUGAAGUCACCUAAAAUGGCCAGUCACACGGGUCUCCUCAGCGUGGCGAGCAGUAGCAAGCUGAUUGCUGGUGGCAUCUCUGUCAAUAAGGAGGUGGCCAUUGAUCCUGAGGACAAGUGCUGCUAUGCGGCAGCCAGCCAAGUUGAAAGUCUACCACAGUCAGCAGCAGCAGUAACAACUACAGUAGCUGCCCAGCCACCACAACAAAUGUCCAUUUGUACAGAAGUUGGCUGUAGCAGUUGCCCUCUGGCUGCACCGUCCACCGAACCAGCGGACUCCACAUUACGCCGCACGGACUAUGCAGAACGGGAACGUCUGGGAGAGGAGCCACUAUGCGACCGAGAUAGGGACGAUGUGGGCAUGGUCUACGAGCGGCGUCUGCGCCGCGAGAGAUCUUGUGAGCGAGCCCCACCCCACGAAUACUUUGGACAUGAUGCCCCGCACUAUGAGCACGUGGUGAAGUCCUAUGAAGUAACGACUGCACCACGCCUGGCCACGCCGCCACAUCCACAUAGUUUUCUGACCAUAAAACAGGAGCCAACCGAUUGGUCAACCGGUAAUCAAUCAACAGUGCUGCCCAACGACAACCACGAGCUGAGCCAGGAGGCGCAGCUGUCGCCCAAGCAGCCGCUGGACUUUAAGAUGAGCGCCGUCAAGCUGGAGGCAAACACCACGCCACAGGACGAUGCAGAGGAGCAUACGUUGCGUGAUUACAACAAUUUCAAGCUGCUCGUUUGUGAGAUCUGCCAGAAGUCGUUCGAAGAUACCAAAAUGUUGGUGCGUCACCUGGGCACCCAUGCCGCCGAGCCAACGGGCAAUGUAAUGAGCAGCAGUGUGAGCGGCACUGGCAGCAGCAGCAGCUCCACAGCCAACAGCAAUCUGGCGCUGAGAGCAUUGAAGACCUACGUGCCAAAGAAGCGACGCAGAGUGUCGCAACAGGAGAACAACAUGGAUCAUGUGACACUGCUCUGCGAUCUCUGCUCCACUUCCUUUGAAACGCCUGCGGAAUGGGUCCGUCAUAUGAACAGCCAACACACGGAAAUCGAGCUGGCCAUGUUCAAUAGCAAAAAGGAUGGCGAACAGAAGGGCAGCAGCAGCAGCAACAACAACAACAACAACUCUUCUACUGCCUCCGUUAGCCAAAUGCAACACACAGUCGUCAGUUCGGCAGUCGCCAACUCGCCAGGAGCAGCAGCAUCGGCUGUGGUGCAUAAAAAGUACUUGAAUGCCAGCCGACUAGGUGGUGGCCAAGGCCAAGCCCUCAGCAGCAGAGGAAAUGGCGCCACAACCGGAUCACCAGGACUGGCCAACAGCUCAACCGCAUGAGCGCAGGCACAAGCAGAGCCCCAACAACAACUACAACUAGAACAACAACAAGACCACCAGCAGUCAGGCCACGAGUGAGAGAAGCAAUAAGAUGAACAUUUUUUGAAAAAAUCAAGUCGUUCCAGUAAUCAAAAAACCAAAAAUUAUAAAAAUUAUUUAUACGAAACAGCAAGAACCGUGAUCAAAAUGCAGCAAACACAGCAUAUUUUAUAGAGAAACGAAAAAAAAAGCAAAAAAUAAUAAUGAAAUUAACUAAAAGAAACAACUACAACUUAAAACGAAACUGUAAACGAAACUUAGGAUCGGAAUCGUCAGGCAACGAUGCAAAACAAAAACAAACAAAAAACAUACGAUUAAAACUUUAACUCUGUAGUAUUUUAAAGUCUAUUGUAGUUUUAAACUUUAUUCCCCACUCGCGCACCGAAUCAGGCGCAAAUAUAACGAAUCCCAAACAUUUGAAACAAUUUACAAAAAUCGUAUAUCAAAUGCUAUAUUCAAGGCAAACAUUUUUAUUUAGUGAUAGAACUAACAACUUCAACAACAAUUAUCUAACUAAUUUUGGUGGAAUUAUUGUCAGAAAUCUUUUUGAG